GCUGAGGACCAGGUGCUCUCCAGCCGGAGCCGGGGAGGGCGGAAAAAGUCCUCGGAAUCGGCCUCUCCAGCGAGUCUCCUUUCAGCAUUAAUCAGGGAUUUACUGCUUCAUGCGACCACGGGCCACUCUGGAAUAACCCUACCCCUCCACUGGAAUUCUUUUUUUAAUUUUGGCCGAACUCAGCCAUAAGCCACCUCUCCAGGUCAAGAGGUCAAGAUGCUAUUAAAUAUAAAAGGCAUCUUAUGGAUUUGUUCCACCUUGAUCGUCACAAAUGCACUACACAAAGUUCAAGUGGAAAAGAGCCCACCGAUCAAGGGAUCCCUCUCUGGAAAAGUCAUCCUACCUUGCCACUUCUCCACCAUGCCCACUCUGCCUCCGAGCUACAACAAUACAAGCGAAUUUCUUCGCAUCAAGUGGUCUAAGGUGGAAGAGGAUAAGAUUGGGAAGGAUCUGAAGGAGACGACUGUGCUGGUGGCCCAGAAUGGCAAUAUCAAGAUUGGCCAGGGUUACAAUGGCAGAGUCUCAGUGCCCACCCAUCCUGAGGAUGUAGGAGAUGCAUCCCUCACCGUGGUCAAACUGCGGGCGAGCGACGCAGGGUUUUACCGCUGCGAUGUCAUGUAUGGUAUCGAAGACACCCAAGACACCGUAUCCCUGGCGGUAGAGGGUGUUGUUUUUCACUAUCGGGCAUCAAGCAGCCGAUACACUUUGAAUUUCAAGGCGGCUCAGGAAGCUUGUUUGGACAAUGGUGCUGUCAUAGCAACUCCGGAACAACUGAAAGCUGCAUAUGAAGAUGGAUUUGAGCAGUGUGAUGCAGGCUGGCUAUCUGACCAAACUGUUAGAUAUCCUAUUAGAACCCCCAGAGCUGGCUGUUACGGUGACAUGAUGGGAAAAGAAGGAGUCAGAACCUAUGGAUUUCGAGUUCCUGUUGAAAAAUAUGAUGUAUACUGCUAUGUGGAUCACUUAGAAGGUGAAGUAUUCCACAUCACGGGUCCCAACAAGCUGACCUUCGAAGAAGCCGAGGAAGAGUGUAUGAACCGGGAUGGCCGGCUGGCUACUGUGGGAGAGCUCCAUGCUGCCUGGAGAAAUGGCUUUGACAAGUGUGACUACGGCUGGCUGGCUGACGGCAGCGUCCGCCACCCGGUGACCGUGGCCAGGGCGCAGUGCGGAGGUGGUUUGCUCGGGGUGAGAACCCUGUAUCGCUUUGAGAACCAGACAGGCUUCCCUGCCCCCGAUAACACUUUUGAUGCCUACUGCCAUAAACCUAAACAGAACAUAUCAGAGACUACCACCAUCGAAUUGAGUAUCCCUGUGGAAAGUGGAUCACCUAAGUUGUCAAAGGAAUCACAGAUAAUACCUGUCAAAGCUACACUUAAUCCCCAUUUAGUCACUGACACGCAAACAAAUGUCCCACCCGUGAGAAAAUCAAUCUUGGAUAGUAAACAUCACAUCCCAAUUUCACCCCGUGGAAUGAUUCAUGAGGAGCCUCAGGAGCACCUGAGUCAAACUCAGACUGCCACAGACAGAACAGCAGCAGAAUCAGCUACUGUUGCUGGUAGUACAGGUGGACUGUGGCAAUUGAAACCCACAUCCUCUGCUGCUGGACCACUUGAAAUCCCAGCUAGACCCAACGAUGGGGAAGACAUUUUCUGGACACCAGCUGUCCCAGAGAGAGACAGACCUGGCAGCCUACCUGUCGGCUCACAUCAUAUCCCUGAUCAGGGUGUGACGCCAACAGAACAAAUAGAGGUGGGACCUUGGGUAACAUCUCUAAGAGCCUCGGUGUACACCCCUGUAAAGGAGUCCUUGGCAACCGGGACUUCCAGUACCCUGACAGGGGAGGAAACGCUCCAGAGUGCUAAGCCCACUAAAAUGCCUCUGGAGGCAAAAACGGAAAGCAAACUGAAAACCCAUGUUAUUUCUGAAGAGAGGCCGACAGGCCGUUUUGGAUUCACCGUGGGUCAAGAUGAUGGCAGUGAAAACCUAUACACUGCUUGGCCAGAUCAGAGUACUUUGGUUCCAACUCAAGUUCCAGAAUUUGUUACUGUCUCAAAGACCUCAGAAGAGAUUAAUGUAACUCAGAGAGGGUCUUCAGAAGUUACAGAAAUUUCACCGGUAACUACGCUUGACAGUGAAGAGCCACUUACUGAAGAUACACAAGCUUGGCCAGAAGGUUCUAUCCUCCAACGCACAUCCUUAGCUCCACCACCAGAAAACCAUACAGAAGGGAAAUUGUUCUUCUCCCCCCCAGAGUCAACUUCACCGCAGAAGCUAGUUGAGGGAGCAGCAACUUCUGUUUAUCUGUCUCAACAAACAGAAGGGUCAUCUCAGAUUGAAGAUCAAACUGCAGGCCUGGAGGAGAUAACAAUCUCACAUGUUCUUCCAACUUCUACUGCAUGGCUACCUACUGUUGAAAGGGAAGAUGGCACUCAAGAUUCAUUCUCUGGAACAGUAGAAGGCUUUCCUGGAACAGAUGCUUUUCCAAAGCAAGCCUAUGUAACAGAGUAUACUGGGGAAAUGAUCAAACGUUUUGAUGUUCCAGUUUCAGAAAUCACAGACCAAACUAAUACAAGCAUGGAGUCAACAGAAGCCAAGGGUCACAAAGAAGAAUCUACAACUCCGGCAGUUGCCUUUGAAACCGAUACAACUCAUUCCACGAGCAGCACUUUAGAUUUGGAAGUGAUCACAGUAUCCAAGUGGUCAGUGGAGGAAAGGAACAUCACCAUCUCAGAAUCUUUGGAAUCCUUAGAGCCCCUUAAUGUCACAGAGCGGCCUAUUGCUUUACUUACCAUUUCAGGGGUGAGUGAAAAAGCAGAACAGACUACGGGCUUAGCCGAACACACUGUGAGGCCAUUUACACCCUCUCCAGAUAGUGUUGAAAGCCCAAUAGUGAAGUUUACUGAAGAACCCUGGUCAAGUGAGGAGAAAAGGAAAGCAAGUUUUCAGCCAACAACGAAAGCCGCCAUUAAGGAAGAGUACAUUGUAACUGAUUCUACAACUGAAGAAAAGCUUCGCCCUCUCCCAGGAACGGAACAGCAAAUUGAUGAACCUGUGGAAAGGAGUACUAUUUACCAAGAAUUGGAUUUGAAAGCCCCCAGAGCAGUAACUACCCUUCAUCCUUAUGAAGAAACUUCGGACAUGGAAGGAUCAGCAUUUCAUUAUGACGGUGGUACGCAGAAACCCGGGAGUGCAACACAAGCAAUUCCUAUUUCUGUAAUUACUGAUUUCAAAUGGGACGUUAUUGGGCCUUCUGUUACAUUAGGAGGCGAAACUGCAAAAGACAAGCUGAUUACUGAACAGACCACUGUAGAAGCCACUGUUUCUCCAGGAGCUCCAUCAACGACCAUAACAGAAGAUGCGGAGCAGGAGCAUUCUUUUAGCUCUCCGGCCACCCUUCCAUCUACCACACUACAAGCAAGCGAAAAAGUAGAGAAACAAGACACUGACAGAUCAGCAUACCCAACCCCAGGUGAUGACUUGGGGAUUGAUGGAAAGGUACCCGAUUUUGAAGAGGUUCCAACAGUCAAAGCAACAACUACUGGAACAACAGUUCAUGAAGCGGUUUCCCCAACUGAUGUUGUUACUGAGCCCAGCAGACCCCUGAAAAUAACACCAAGCUCAAGGCCCCAAGUACAUAUAAGGCCAGUGACCGAACAAGAACUCAAAAGAGAGGGCAGCCGUCCUGUGCCACCUGUGUCACCUUCAAGUCCUUCUACCACAGACAGCAUUACUCAGCCACAGUGGGAAACUUCCACCAAGACAAAGGAGGAGACCUUUCCACAGGAAAGUGAGACCGGCUCAGGAUGGUUGGAGAGACCUCACUUUGAGUAUUCACCUAAAGAAACCACGGUCUCAGGGAGCACCAUUGGCCCCCUAGAUACAGUUCAACCUACAUCGGUCUCCAAACACUUUACUACUAAAGAAAUUCUACCGGCAGUUGAUGAGGAACCUGGUGACAAAACUACCAGUGACAUCGUCAUAAUCGAUGAAUCCAUUCCUCCUAGCAUACCCACUACUCCCGAUGAAUUAACCACCACAGAAGAAGGUAUAGAAAUUGAUAGAGAAUAUUUUACAACAAGUGCUACUUCAGUUGUACGACCAACAGGGCUGCGUAAAACUGAGGAAAGCACAGAGGCUCUAGACCAUCAGGAAGUUUCUACUUCAAAACCCCAAACGGGGAAGAAACCCCACCCUGAUAUCUUAGUACAUGUUUUUGAGGUCACACGCAACAAGACAGGUCGUUUGAGUGAUUUGAGUAAAUUUGGUCAACCAAUAGAUUCAGAAUCAAAAGAAGAAGAACCUUGCAGUGAAGUUCCCGAUGAAGAGCAUGAUCUUCUUUCCGAAAUUUUACCCGUAUUGCCUGAAAUCAUUGACUUAGAAGAUUUCUUUUCCGAGGAAGAUGAAGACUGUGAAAAUGCUACUGAUGUGACAACUUCUCCAACACUGCUGACAACAUCUCCAACUCUGCAAUUUAUCCCUGAAAAGCAACAGUUGACCACAGCCCCUAAAGACACAAAAGCAGAAGAAGUAAGGAGACCCUUCCUGGAAAGUGUGGCCCCUCAAAAUUUCUCUAAUCCUUUUGUGUUAGCUGAAACUGGGGCUCCUGGUAUAAUACUGCCAGGUGAAUCCAGAGAACUGGUGGAACCAUUUGAAGCUACAUGGAAACCUGAAAUCUAUUUGGAGACAACAGAACCCUUUUCUAGUGGAGAGCCGGACAUUUACCCUACAGAGCCCCUGAAUGCAUUUGCUAAUUUAUAUCAGAGUCGACCUUCAGAAGUGGCAGAGUCAUUCACCCAACAGGACCCUGGGUUUCGUAAGAUCUCAGUUGAAAGCACUAAAACCUUGACUUUGUUUUCUGAAGAGUCUUCUGGAGAUGCACCUGUUGAGCAAGAAUCUAUGAGAACCGUCAUUCCAGUUACUACAGAAAUGGGCAUUGGAGAAGAUGCAGAAAAGACACUUGCCAUUACAUCAACUCCAAGUGCAGCAUCAAGUUAUGCUACAGGAGACAGUUUACCGGAAGAAGGGUCUUCAGUUCUCACUGAUGAUAGUCAGCCUGAAACAUUAUCCACAGUCGGGAGCUGGGAGAAGACAACACCUGGACAUACUGUAGCGCUUUUGGGAAGUUCUUCAGUUGUCAUUCCAGAAGGCUCUGGGGACCUAGAAGAAACUAUUAUUCAAGCAUCUACAAUGUCAAAUGAUUUAUUAGAUAGUGCAACCCUAGAUUCACAAUCUGCAACAAGAUUAACCUCAGAAUUCAGCAACGUCCUUCUAACAGAAAGCAUCUCUAAUGUUUCGGCUACUCUCUUCCCUCUGCGAGAGGAAACUGCGUACCCCAGUGGGGAACCGACAGUGACAACUUCCAAAUCUGCAGGUGAAAUGGAUUCAAGUAACCAAGUUUUCAGCGCGUUUACUGAACCAAAGGCAGAAAGCAACAAAAGAGAUAUUACAAGUACCUCUGUUCCAGCUUUUGAAUAUGUAUCCACACAGGAGUCAGACCAGUUAGUUUUCACUGAAUUGGAAAAUUCUACUGACAAAAUUAAUUCCAUUCAUCUAGAGCCCACCAUAGCCAGCAGUAUUCUGCCAACAACAGAAUCCACCCAGCCCAAAGGAGAGGAAAUAAAUUCUGCUUUUCCGUCUACAGAGCAGAACCUUUUGUGGUUGUUUAGAGAAGAAUAUACCAAAACAAGAAGCAGCACUGUUCAGGAUUUGGUUCAAGGAAAUCCCACUACAGCAGCAGUUAGUGUUGAUAUCUCCCCUGGGGACCAGGGUUCUGGAGAAAUUGAUAUUGCUACAGAACCUGCUUCUGUGACUUCAAUUCCAAUCAAGGUGGUAACUGGAAAUAAGGAAGUGAAGACAGAUCACGAAGAAAAGAAAGUUGCCAGCACAGAGUCGUCCUCUGGGGAAUACACAUUAUCUCCUAAACCAACCACGGUCAUUCUGAAUACAGAUUCAGGCAUCUCGCUUAGUAAAACUGAAAUUGUAAGUCAAACACCCAAGGAAGUUUUAAGUACCGUUGAGCCAGAAGAACCAAGUCAUGGUACAGAAUUAAGUGGCACAGAAACCAUUUUUCCUUUGGAAGAAGGAUCUAGUGAUGACCUUGGAAAAUAUCUCACAGCACCAACAACUCACUCUAUUACAGAAGAAGAAAAAGGAAAUGAUGAAGGUUCUGGAGAUGUACCUUUUCUAGAACGAGGAACUCAGACAGCUCCUUUCAACAGUGCUGCAAUGCCAACUUUCAAGAGAAUAAAUCUGACAACUGAUUCCGAGGGGCCUGAGAGUAGUACAGUAACCAGUAUUCUGAAGCUUCCUACUGAAACAUUUACAGUGGGAGGCUCUGGAGAAGAAGCACCUGACUUCAUCAGGACUCUUGAGAUGGUACCUGUAAGCCCCACAGAAAAAGCUACCAAAACUGAUUCCCCAUUGGUUGACCAAGGUUCUGGAGAAGUGGAUUCUCUGACUGAUACAAAAGCCACAAUUCCACCCCAGACACUUCCUGUUGUAACCAGAGGACAAACUGCAAAGGGUGGAGAAGAGAUUAUCAACACUGAUUCUAUGGAUUAUUCUCUCACUGCAGAGCCUACCAAAUUAGUGGUUAAUGAAAUCAAAGUGGAAAUACUAGACAGUGAAAGUCAAGUGCCCUCAGAAGAAAAAAUACAAGAACAGGAACCUUCUGAACCAGACAAAACCACCUUUGCAACAGGAGAAAUCAUUUUUGAACUGGAAACAUUUGCCAAAAUGACAUCAAGAUCUACAGAAUCUCCUUUGCUAACAACCAAAGAAACUUCCAUCAGUAGAAAGGAAUCAAGCCUUGGAGAGGAAGAUAUUUCCUUUAUUAGCCCAAUUACUCCAGAGUUAGAAGAAAAAGAAAGAACUUUCACUUAUUUCACAGGAUUUACUACCAAGCCAUCCCCUUCCUUUGAUCCUCUCUCAGCGACUGAAUCCAUGAAAUCUGAAAGUGCUGGAUCAAAUCCAGCAGGUUGGUUUACGAAAGAGGAAGAAAGCAUAACACAAAAUAUCCACGUUACACCUCAAGGAACUAAGCCAACAACUAAAGAGCUAAAUGCUGACCUCUUAUUCUCAGGACAAGGGUCAGGAGAAGAAAUUAUCCCUUCACAGCCUACAUUGGAUGCUUCAGUUACAAUUAAUUUGAUUAAUAUUAAGGAUAUUGUAAGUACUUUGAAUCCUGAACUAUCUGAACUUCAAAGUUCAGCUCCAAAGCCCCUGGUGAACAAAAUUGAACAAAAUGAAAUAGAAGAAAGUGAAGGAAGUGGAUUAUCAGGUCCUGAAGCAGAAGAACCCUCAGAAGCAUACACGCUAGGGCACAGUACAUCAACUAUGGUAGAUGGUUCUCGGGACAUUAGUGCUCAACUCCUCUCCACGCCAGUGACUCUAUCUUUAGACCCUACAGCUCCUACAAGCCAAACUGUCUCUUGGGAUGAAACCAAACCCCACACAUCAGAAAUGAUCACUGAAAGUGUUUCUCAGGGGUAUACUUCACAGUCAGAAACUAAAGGAACAAUAGCUUUUUCUUCUAUAAGUGGGACUCUCAGCCCUUCUACUGAUAGAAUAUUUAUCACAUCAGCCUCCAAAGUGUCCAGUGCUUUAUAUGAAAGCUCUGGAGAGGCAUCUGGGUGGUUUGACCCUGAAGAUUCAGAGCACUCUACUCAGACAACCAAGACAGAAACCACAAUGGAUGUUCCUAGUAGCCAUGAGGGAAAUUUUUCAGAAGUCUCACCUAGUGAAGCAGUGGUCUCCAAUGGGUCAUUUCCUGCUUUGGUCAUAUUGCCGAGUUAUUCAGAGGAAAGUAAGAGUGCAACAACCUCAAGUAGCAUUCUUGUCAGGACAGUAACAGAUGAAAGUUCCACGGACACGUCCACGGAUAGACCCACAGACGGUUCCUUGGAUGGUUCCUUGGAUGGUUCCUCGGACGGUUCCUCGGAUGGUUCCUCGGACGGUUCUUCGGAUGGUUCCUCGGAUGGUUCCUCGGACGGUUCCUCGGAAGGUUCCUCGGAUGGUUCUUCGGACGGUUCCACGGAUGGUUCCUCAGAUGGUUCCACGGAUGGUUCCUCAGACAGUUCCUCGGGCAGUUCCUUAGUCGGUUCCACAGACAAUUCUGUAGCUGGCCCCGCAGACAAUUCAACAUACAGUUCCACAGAUGCUUCCACAGAUGGUUCAGAGAGUUUUACAGCUAUCACUUCAGAACCUGUCAAGAUUAUUUUAGAUCUUGACAAAGAGGAGAAAGAUGAAAUAUUUCCUGUUACAGAGAGUACAGUUCUUGAAAUAUUGCCUGAAAUCACAUCUGAUAAGAAUACUAUCAUAGAUUUAGACUCCACUAAAUCAACUGAUGAGGACAUACUAGGAAUUCAAACAGAAACAGAUGUUGAGGUGCACUCCACACCAGAUGGGAAUGAUGAAGAAAUCUUGAAAGUUGAAGAUAACAAUGAAGAAGCAUUUAAUAAUUCUUUAGCAGAAGAGAAAGCUGAGGGAUCUGGUGAUAAUCUUCCCAUGACCAUGCCCAGUCUGACAAUAAGUAAUGAAUCAGAAGUUUCUCAGGGCAUAACAAGAGUAGACCACACAGAAUAUGACUCAGGGAAUAUUAUGCAUUUCACAACAAAAAUCUCCAAAAUUCACACAGAAACAAAGUUAGGAGUUUCACUUCCAACAGUAGCAUCACUGGCUCUUCCAAGUACCUCUCCUUCAGUCCAACAGGAAACUGAAGACCCUAACUUCGAAAGAAAACCCACAGCUACAAAAAGUAUUCUGGAUGACAUCUCUGAAUCAAGUACUUUGUCAGACAGCCAAGCAAUUGCUGAUCAAAGUGAUGCAAUCUCCACCUCUGGAUACUUGGACAGGACUCCAGAAGAAUAUGAAGACAAAAAGUUUGUAAAUCCUUCUUUUAAACCAGAGCUAUCUUCAGGGGAAGGAGAAGAAUCGAUAGAUCAGUCACCUGAUGUAAGUAUUUCUUCCACCAAGCUUAUUUUCCAGAGCUCAAUGGAGUUACCUUAUACAACUGAGAGAUCAACUCCCACAGUAUACACUGAAACCACAUUAGCUGAUUCAGCCUCAGAAAAAUUAUAUCUUGUCAGCUCUCAAACCUCCAAAUCCCCAGUAACUGGCCAUUUGGUUAAUGUAGCAUCAGUGCAACCUGGAAUAACUGUCUCAACCACCGAUUCACGUGCACCAGAUCUUUCACCAGAACAGACUUUGAAGGAAGUUCAUGUAGACGCUGUAGUAACUUUCAAACCACCAGGGGAAGAAUUGUUUCAUCAAACUGAGUCUCCAUCUUGGGGCACCCCUAAUGCUGAAUCAGAAAGUACAACAGUUGAAAGUAAACCUAGCUUGGUAGAACAGGUGUCUGAAGGGAGAGAGGAGGCCGAAUCUUCUGCCACAGAACCCACCGUGGAGUUAGAAAUGAAAACUCUUGAAGAUUCAAUUACCACAACUGUUCCAAAACUUUCCAUAGAAACAACUGCUGAGUCUCUGCGUGCUGACACAACUGAAGAUGAAGAAUAUGUAAAAAUAGUGGAUGAAAACGAUGAGGAAAAAAUUUACUUUGGACCACAUUUAACUUCAGCUUCUCCCAGUAAUGAAAUAGUAGCAGGUGUUUUACUUCAUCCUGUACAACCAACAACUGAAAUCCCAACUGUGCCCUAUUCCACGCUGGAUAUAAAUCAUAAAACACAAACAGCUUCGGUUGUUCAGAAGGAUUCCACAACUUUUACAACAGCAACCAAAAAACCCGUAGCAGCCAGCAAUAAUGAAUUUAACAAUCAGGCAACACCAAACACGGAGCAGCUAAAUACCGAUCAUGUAAUCUCAUCACUUUCCCCUCUGGAAGCAUCUAAUCGAACGGAGUUCCUGAUUGUCAAUAAUGGGGAUUCAGUGGAAGGCACAGCAGUGUAUAUACCAGGACUGAAUCUGUGCAAAACAAACCCUUGCCUUAAUGGAGGCACCUGCUAUGAAAGAGAUUCCAGUUAUGUGUGUACGUGUGUACCGGGGUUCAGUGGAGACCAAUGUGAAUACGAUUUUGAUGAAUGCCAAUCAAAUCCUUGCCGGAAUGGGGCUACAUGUGUAGAUGGUAUAAACACCUUCACUUGUCUCUGCCUUCCAAGCUACGUAGGAGCUUUGUGUGAACAAGACACGGAGACGUGUGAUUAUGGCUGGCACAAGUUUCAAGGGCAGUGCUACAAAUACUUUGCCCACCGACGCACGUGGGAUGCAGCGGAGAGGGAGUGUCGCCUCCAGGGUGCCCAUCUAACAAGCAUCUUGUCCCACGAGGAGCAGCUCUUCGUGAACCGUGUGGGUCAUGAUUAUCAGUGGAUUGGCCUCAAUGAUAAGAUGUUUGAGCAUGAUUUCCGCUGGACUGAUGGAAGUACCCUGCAAUAUGAAAACUGGAGGCCAAACCAACCAGACAGUUUCUUUUCUGCUGGAGAAGAUUGCGUGGUCAUAAUUUGGCAUGAAAAUGGUCAGUGGAAUGAUGUGCCUUGCAACUAUCACCUCACGUAUACCUGCAAGAAAGGAACAGUUGCCUGUGGCCAGCCCCCUGUUGUAGAAAACGCCAAGACCUUUGGAAAGAUGAAACCCCGCUAUGAAAUCAACUCUCUCAUUAGAUACCACUGCAAAGACGGUUUCAUUCAGCGCCACCUUCCAACUAUCCGGUGCCUAGGAAAUGGAAGAUGGGCUCUUCCCAAAAUUACCUGCCUGAACCCAUCGGCAAACCAAAGGACUUAUUCUAAGAAACACUUUAAAAAUUCCUCAUCAGCCAAGGAUAAUUCAAUAAAUUCACCGAAACACUAUCAUCCCUGGAUCAGCAGGUGGCAGGACACAAGGCGCUGAUUGACCCUAAAAUGGCGAUCGUGGGUUUGCAAAAUUUCAGCCAAAGUCCUAACUUACUGUGCCUUUCCUAACACUUCUAGAAGUAUUAUCGGAUUUUUUUGAAACUUGGGACUGCCAUCCGGUAACUUUGGACUACAGCGCUCACAACACAUUUCAAAUAAGGAUAUGGGCGUUCAACAGGAAAGAUUAAAACAGAAAAACACAAAGGGCAGAAAAGCAUGAGAACCAUUUCCAGCCUAUGCAAUUUUUUCAUUUCCUAUAUGCCGCCAGUGGGAACCAUUUUGUAAUUUUCACCAGCCUACUGUACUAUUUAAACAGUUCAAUUAUAGCACCAAUGAAAAUGUAAAUAAGAUGAUUUAAUGUUGUUUUAAAUCCUGUAUAUAAAAUGAAGUCACAAGAAGUUCAGUCAUAUUUAAUGAUGAUUAUAUGGCUUCAAACGUCUUUAAUCAUUGAUCCAGCUGCUUUUAUGUAGUUUGUUUAGACUGGAAAUGGUUUCAAUUACUUUGUAAAUGGCAACAGAACAGGAAAUGGUUCUUACCGGACAACAGCUAAACCCGCAAUCUUUUAGGACUUUGUUUCAAUUUCUGCCUUGGGUACAGUUUUCUUCCAUGGGAAGCUUAAACUACCAUAGCCCGUGAAGUGGGAUCAUGACUGAGCUAAGGCUGCAAUGUGGGAAUUUUCUUCUCUUCAUUGCAACUUCAUCACACACCAGAAAGGACCAUGCGGAGGACUUGUGGAUGACUAAGGGGUCUUUAGGGGUGAAAGUGUUACUACGUUAAUGCGCUCAACCAGGUCUGCUUUCUAAUGGCUUUCACACUAACAAGUGUAUGCUAGAGGUCUCUGCAUUUUCAAAUGAAACCUAGAGGUUUCUUUGGUAAACACACACACUCACAUACAGAAAACAAUUUUGUAUAUAUACUCAUUUUUUAAUCCUUUUAUAAAGUUAUGAAUGUUUAUGUAUGAAUGCUACAGCGGUGAAGCAUACAUAAAUAAAUGAAGUAAGCCAUACCGAUUUAA